GAGGUCCUCGAUGCCUUCUUUCACAUGGCAGAUGUGGACUGCGAUGGUCGAAUCAGUGGUGUUGAGUCUGCGAAAAAAAUUCCGAGCUGCUGCUCUGCCUCAGACCACUCUUGCCAAGGUGCUUUAUAACUCCAUUCCUUUCUCUCAUUGUUGCCUUACCAUUCACAUGGAUCAGAACAAGUCAACGGGACUCAAGGGGAUUCUUAUCGUGCGGUACCAAUUAAUCGAGGUCUAUGACUGCAUUUUACGAACACUUGUUUUCCACAUAACUAUUUAUAUCGCAAAACAUUGCAGAUUUGCAAAUGCUCUGUUUGGCAGUGCAUGCUGUUCUCAAACUCAUGCUCUGUUCUUUACGUUGUACGUUCAGAAGCCUCUUUGUCAGAAAGGCGUUCAUUUAGACCGUUGACCAGUUACACAUACCUUGCCAUAAAAUCUGAAUUAAUCAGCUAAUUUGCACCCUAUGAAUAAUCACUUUACAAAUAAAUAAAUAAAUAACCUAGAUUUUUUUUUAUUUAAAUAAACAAAUCUGGGUAAGGAGAAUUGUUUUUGCACAGCAUACCUUCUCUUAAAAGGAGCACAAAAUUAAUGUUGCAGACAUAAACCUUUUUAUGUCUUCGCUGUUGCGAGCGGCCGAAUUUUAGAGGGUGGAGUUUUACGAAAUGCCUGGCACCGCAAAGACUUCUGAUGCAAUGUUUUAGAAGAGCAUGGCUAGAUAAACUGUCUGAGACUUUUGGGAUAAACUACAGCAGAUGUGCCGAUCCAAUUUCCCAGUGUUUUCUCAUUUGGAAUACUCAAGAGAUUGCUGAUGUAACACUGUACCUUCAGCUUUCUUGUUGCAGUCAUGGUGUUUUUCAUUCGCCUCUCAGAUCUAGGCAAUCGUCGAUCAAGGGCAGACAGGAUUCCUUUCACGAAAGAAGUUAUACAAUGCUCUGAAGCUUGCGACAGUAGCACAGACAGAAAGAGAGCUUACGCUGGAGGUGAUCAAGGCAGCUUUAAUAGGAUCAGCCGCUGGACAGCUUCCCCCUCCACGCAUGACACCAUCGCCACUUUCUAACGCCGAAGGGAUACCUGCUCUGCAGACCUCUCAAUCAACAACAUUGCCGAGCAAAUUUUCUACUCUCAACUCCGCACCUUCGAAGAUUCCUUCAGGACUAUUAUUCUACAACUGGAUUUCUGGAAACACUUUCUGCUUAUAUCAACGUUGAUCUUGCAGCACAAUUUCGCGUGAUGAUAUGACAGAAUUCUUCAGUGCGUCCUACUUUUGCAUCUUAGUCUGAAUCUUUGGAUAUCGCACCAACUUCUUAAGCCCUCUCUGCGAUCUUAAAUUCUGGAAGUGUUCAAGAUGGACGCCCAGUAGUGGCACCUGCAUUAAUGUCACCUUGGCCAAGAAUGACUCUGGCAGAUAUACAGCGAUUCGUCCGCAUCUUUAGCCAGGUGGAUACUGAUCAGGAUGGAAAGAUUACAGGAGAGCAAGCUCGUGAGCUCUUCCGAAAUUGGCAACUUCCAAGAGGUGAAAUAGCAGUACUCUUCAUAUGAUGUUCUUUUUUAUGUGCGAAAUUACAUGAUGAUGAUGAGAAGUCAAAUGAUGGGGAUCUCAAGCGAUACGAUUUUUAUGUCCAGAUGUGCUAAGGCAUGUUUGGAACCUCGCGGAUCAAGAUGGUGACAAUAUGUUGUCGGUCCGUGAGUUCUGUACAGCCGUUUAUCUCUUAGAAAAAUCCAAGGAAGGCCACCCCCUGCCUUCUAGACUCCCGACGGACAGUCACCGCGAAGAUUAUCCUACUCCUGACAAGAUGAUACUAUCUGCCUCUCAGCACUUACGCUAUGCUUUGGCCACCACUCCAAUAGGGCACCUCCAGUACUCAAUACCCGCUACGCGAAGGGACUUUGACUGUCACAAUCCUCAACCCCCUCAUGGUGACACAAGUGGCAUAAAUCACAAGUGAAAUAUUGAAGAAGAUUCUGCGACACAUCCUUCACCGAUACUGUCAGACAAACCUAUUAAGCAGAUCGCUGAUUUGAAUAGGCGUACUCUGUCACAGAAGGAGAGGGCAGAGUAUUAUCGCUCAAAGCUACAAGAAAUUGUGCUUUUCAACACUAGAUGUCACAACAAGCUCGUGGAGUUGACAGAGAAGGUUGUCACACUUAGACGUAAGGUUUAUUCCUUGAGUCGACAAUAUGAAGAAAUGACCAAAUCUGUUUCAGAAGCAGAGUUGCAAGUAGCUGCAAAACAUGUCAUCCUUCAGCAAACUCAGGGAAGGAAAUCGAUACUCUCUCAUUCACUACUCAGGUCGGAUAGUGGCAACACAUUAUCAGAUUCGUAUCUACAGACUCAGCUAGAAAUUAUUGAGGUUGAUCUUGACCAUUUAGGGGAGAAACUCACUGAAAAGGCAAAGUCCCUGGGUGUGAAAUUCAAAUUACCCAGGAACUCAACUUUUGCUCAGUGGAAUAAAAAAUGCGAAAAUUCGAACGAUGAAGGUUACACUGAAGCUCUGGAGUACAUUUGCACAUUCGCCGAGGCAUCUUUUUUACCCGCCUCUACCAAAGAACUUUCUGCAGUAGCUGCCAGGAACACGAAGGGAGAAAAUGAACUGGAAUUGGACGCCAUCAGCUGUAGAAUACGCUGUGCAUCAGCAGAAAAAGAAUCUCUUUUAGGGCUCUUAACUGCGACUACUUCUGAAUCUAAGACACCUAGUGGAGGUUCUAUGGGGGAAUCAAUGUAUUCACCCGCAAAUGUCCCGAAAUCAACAGAAAACACUUUGACGGACAAUGUGGUGCCGACCUUAUUUUGCAGCGGCGAAAAAUCCAACCCUGAGGCCUCGAUAAGAGAUGCUGCUGACACCCCUCCAAAAAGCACCCGAGAACAAGAACUUGCGACAUUGCCAGCAGUAGGAGUCCACUCUUCUGUGCUCUCUCUGCUACUCACAGAAUCGUAUUCAUCAGGGGAAAACAUGUCUAGAAUGAUAAUUGAAGCUGAAAAAUAUGAAGCGAGGUAGCAUAACUAUUGAGCCAUGUGCUUGUGAAGUAAAGGGUUACGAUGGCUAACUUACCUUCCUGCUGCAAAAUUUGCUCUUAAAUUUGCAUUUAUCUCAGACGAUGACCUCUCACCAGUAGUCAUGGCUUAAAUGAAUGAUUGAAAACUAAAUAUUAUGGUUCUGUAAGUAUUUGUAAAGCAUUAUCAAGUUCUCAUUUAGU